AUCAAAGUUUACCAAUUUUUAUCUAAAACUUGGCUGGCACGAACUACACCAACGGCCUGCGAGCCUGGGAAAAUUGGGCUUCUGGUGGCGGCGAAGGCAAAUGCGGCCCAAAGGCUCUCAUAACGUGGCGACUGGCAAUCCACAAAACCCUCUCAAAACCUCCUCCAAUUUCAGGCGUUCCUGCAUCUUCCUCCCGGCGUGCGACUGACCGAGAAUCUCAGAUCUCCGGAGAUGAGGAGGCUUCAUGGAAUCUCCGCCGCAUUCCAAUCCGCCAAGGUCUUUGCCACCGUCACAGCGCGAAACACGGAGCACCGGCUGAUCCAGUCGGCUCUCUACAGCACCCGCAACAGUUCAUCCUCCAUGUCGCACAUCUUCUCCAAUAAUAAGCACGAUGAUCAGUCCUACCGUCCCUCUGCCAACGUCGUAUCCGGAACAGUGCUUUUCUCCGUCGCCGCUUCAACGCUGGCCAAAGAGGCUCACGCCAAAGAGCCGAUCCCGCCUAACUUUCGCCCCAAUGAUGUAGUUCUGUACCAGUACGAAGCCUGCCCCUUCUGCAACAAGGUCAAAGCAUUCCUUGACUACUAUGACAUUCCAUACAAAAUUGUGGAGGUUAACCCCCUUAGCAAAAAAGAAAUCAAGUGGUCUGAUUACAAGAAAGUGCCCAUAUUGAUGGUUGAUGGCACACAAAUGGUGGAUUCAUCAGACAUAAUUGAUAAGCUGUCUCAAAAGGUUCGGCCAAAUAUUGGUAAUAAGUCUACUUCAAACAAUGAUGAAGAGAACAAGUGGCGCAAGUGGGUGGAUAAUCACUUGGUGCACAUCUUAUCUCCAAAUAUAUAUAGAAGUGCUUCUGAAGCUUUGGAAUCAUUUGACUACAUCACCACUCAAGGCAAUUUCAGCUUUUAUGAGAGAACGGUGGCAAAGUAUGCAGGAGCUGCAGCUAUGUAUUUCGUAUCCAAAAAUUUGAAGAAAAAAUACAACAUCACCGAUGAGCGUGCAUCAUUGUAUGAAGCUGCAGAGACGUGGGUUGAUGCUUUGAACGGCCGUGAUUUUCUAGGCGGGUCUAAACCUAAUUUGGCUGAUCUUGCCGUAUUCGGUGUGUUGAGACCUAUCCGGUACUUGAAAUCGGGUAAAGACAUGGUGGAGAACACACGCAUCGGCAGUUGGUACUCUAGGAUGGAAAGUGCGGUCGGGCAACCUUCCAAGGUUCAGGCUUAGCUUUGCGCCUCACCCCUCUAUGCCGUGCUCCGACGAGCCCCAAUACAAGUUGCAUUAACAAUAUUUUGUUGCAAAUUUUGAGAUACAGAACCAAUAUCUUUAUUGUUUCUUUCCUGCAAAUAAUACAUGGAGACUGAUACUUUUUCACCACCCUAUCACUCACGGCAAGAGCGUGAUGUUAUAAAUGUAUGUAGUAGUUUCAAAUCAGGUUUUGCUUUGAUUUAGGGUUAGUUGGUUGGUAUCACAUGGGGCAGGGCAGGGCAGGGCAAGGCAAGAAGAGACAAUUGGAGUAGUUGGGUGGGGGUUCUUCACGGGGGUGGACAGUAUGCAUUUAAAAUGCCGUGGGACGUGAGGACUUAAACAACACACACUUGUUACUACUAGCGGGGGACCCCUUCAAAUAUACGCUAUCCCUUCCAUUUUACAACGUCUAGUUUGACUUGUGUACAUUUUUUUGUUGCAAUAAUGUUCACAUUUUAAUGCUCUCUUAAACUCAGUUUUGUUACGAUUGACAUUUAUUUGAAUAAUGCGGUGGUUUGGCU